AUCUUAAACAAAAGCACGAUCACGGUUAUUUGAGCUUCCCAGCUUAGGAUUUUAGAGCAGCGCAUGGUAUCCGAAAGCUAUUGAAUGCCCUGUACCGGUGUGAAUCGUGGGAUCUCUCUCGAUUUUGGACUCACUGAAUCAUAAUUUACUAAGUGUUGAAAAUGAGUGUCGUCGCCCUUGUAAGCAGGCUUCCUAAGCUUUCGUUCCAGAAAUCUGUAGUAACCUUACGGGAUUUCAGAUGCGACCAUCGAUACGUAAAGCACGCUCAACCAGGGGUUUCUCCUGUAAUGCAAAGGAGCCACCUGUCAACGUCGACGCGUCGGGAACAGAACAAUGGUGAAAAGAAUAAAACCCUCGUCUACUUGGGCUCCAUUCGCUCCACAGUGAAAAUGGUGAAAGGCCUGUCCUUGACCACCAGCUUCCUUGGUAUUCUGGCGCAGCCCAUUUUACUUCAGAAGCUAAGUGGAGCAUCAUUGGGCGCAACCGUGAUUGUAGUGUCAUGCGCAUCAUUCUUUAUCUUCGUCACCCCGCUGAUGCUGCACUACAUCACCAGGAGAUAUGUGACUGAACUCACGUACGACCCCGACACGAAGGAGUUCAACGCAACGACAUUGACCCUGCUGAACCGCAAAAAACACAUUAACUUUAUUGCGGAUGACAUAAAAGUGCCUGCUAUCCCUGGCCCAUUUACAACCCUUCUGGCUAAAGGUCACCCAUUGUUCGUAGAGGUGCAAAACAUCCAGGACGCUGAUGCUCUGGAACGCUUGAUGGGAUAUGACAAGCCCAUUGACCUACAUGUGAAGGUGUCAAAUUCACAAGAGGAACAGACGGAAAUGAGAAGAAAACAGCCAGCACAGUACAGUGAUAGGGACUCUUGAUGUGCUAGCAGUAUUUCUUGAGCAUUAUUAGGAAACCAGCAUAUUCUAUUCAACUUAUUGCUACCUGCUCACAAAGGACGAAGUGCUCUUCAACAUUUUUCAUGUGACUUCCAAAGCACAAGCAAAUUUUCUUACAGCUAAGGAAUAUGUUCCCUUCUGCAGCCCCCCCUCCCCCCUUUUUUUAAUUUAUUGUGCAAUGUUUUUUGGAUCUCGUUAUGCAACAUGUUUUAACACAGCAUUAAUGACCAUCUGGUUUGGGUAUAUCAGUAAAGUGCACAAACACUUAGUAGGCGUGUCAGCAUUAUUUCAAUAGAAAUACGUGGUAAAUAUGUACUGCAGCACUUUUUUUCCUUAGGUUGUGCAAUGGUACGUUUUGUCAAAGCUGUUGAGCAUGGAGGCAACUCAAUAUGUAGAAUGUACUGUAUUGUGCGGGUGGCUUUCUGAGCUUGCAGCAUUUCUUUAUGAUGUCCUCCUGGUUUAUCACAACUAGUACCCUGUUAUAAGUGCUUUAAAUGCAAUCUUCCAAAAUUUCAGUUUUUAACUGUUUAUCUAGCACUUCAGUUAUAAUGCCUUUUGGUGUGGUGUCUUAGCAUGAGACUCAACAAGUAUUUUAUUAAUGUUCGUAGUUGCAUGUAUGCCAAAGGGUCAAGUGCACUGAAGGCCUUACAAUAGGACUUUUGGUUCAUUUUUCAUGACUGGUUGUUAAAGCAAGGGUGUAUGACAGGUGUCCUAAGUUAUCCUGAAGCCUAUCAAAGCUACACAAGUAAUUUAUAUAUAAAAUGGUGGAGUACUCAAUAGAUUAUGACAUUGUAUAUGUAUGGGGUUUAGUAGGAUGUUUUACACACCCUUGAUGCCAUGUUCAGAGUAGUUUUAACUGAAAAGGGAUGAAGCGGUACCUCGGGUUAGAUGGUGUUUAAACAACAUACUUCCACAACUGAAAAGGGAUGAUGACAGAUAACAGCCUGUGUUAUAUAUUGUCAUCUGACCUGACUUAUGUUGUGCUGUGCUAAUAUUUCUGAAAAGUGGCUGUCUGCUGGUUUCUAAGGAUCCAUAUUUUGUAGUGAAGUAAAAGCCUUGCCAACAGAAA